AUGGACUCUACUGUUCUCCUUGAUGGCCUUCCCACGUCCCUGGCAGAUCUUCUCUCCAAUACCUUGAUUCUGCGCCAAACUGCGCCCUAUCUUCCCGUGUCGUCUCUUUGUGCCCUGGCAGCGACAUCACGACCUCUUUACUAUACCAUCCGUCAAUCUCCUGAAGCAUUUCGUUAUCUCGACCUCUCACCUGUCAAGUCCGCCAUUGUUCCUUUCGACGGACCUCUUGAUGCUGGUGGCAUUGUCUGGCGCGCUGAGCGCAUGGAUGAAUCUCUAUCGGAAGACGAGUUUUACUCUGGCCCACUGCGAGGCAUCUUCUCCAGACUCGAGAAGCAAAGCCUCCUACGCAACGUACACACACUAGUGUUAGAUGGCCUCAGCGUUACGGCAGAGCUUGUUAAGGACCUACUCACCGAAGAAAGAUACAACGUUCGCAUUCUUUCGAUUCGAGAGGUCAAGCACUUGAACGAGAGGAAGCUUCAGCAAUAUCUGAGAUAUGCGGUUCGACCGUCGAGGCCUGAAGGAACACCACGAGUCAAAGGAAUUUACCUAUUCGGACCCCGCGACCCAGCGCCACUCCCUGGAUCAUCAUCAACUAAUAAUCCGCCCUCAUCUGUCUCACGAGGAAUCAUGUCUUCACAAGGAGCUCAGAUUGGCGCCGAGUGGAACCAAAAAUCAUCAGAAGCUCUCGGAGCUGCGCUGGCGAGGACCGAGGACAAAUGGUAUCAAUCUUCUGGAAAGAUGAUGACAAAGCGACCAUCUUCAGAAUGGGCAGAAGUCAUACAAGCAUGCGAAGGCAUCGUAGCUUUCGACGCUGUACUUUGCAGAGGUCCGCGACACGAUCCAAGCAAAGCAUACGUCACUGAAGGCCAAAGCCACAGCAUACCACAUCCAGCUUCGUUCCUUAGACCUUGUAUUGCCACUGUUGCAUUGGGCCCAUCUGGUUGCGAGUCCUGCCAUACCAGCUCUGAGGGGCCAGCAGCAUGUGGCCACUCUCCAUCAUCUCAUCUUCCGCUACUGAGCCCAGUACCUCUUCACGGAAGUUCCAUACGUGCUGCACAGACGCCACAUACCAUUGAUGGGUCAACUGCCCCGCCACUUUAUGUGCGAUGCGAAGAUUGUCUCAAGGGCCGUUGGUGUGAGAGAUGUAACAAAUGGUGGGACGAGGAAUGUUACGCAGGAUCGACCGUUGCCCAGCGCACCGAACUCCAACAAACGGAGCUUACAGAGGACAUACAAUCCAAUGGGAGCACUUGCCUGAUCCCAAAGCAAACCAUCAAGAUUAUCGGCGUUCGACGCGACUGUUUCGGCUGUGGCCAUACGUGUAUAAGCUGCAAAGAGCUCUUCAUCCGGCAAUGUACGAAGUGCCAACAAGAAUACUGCCGUGAGGACAACGAAACCUCAUCAGAGACCUUGUGUGAUUGGUGUAACUACACUGCUCGACGGAGCCGCGUGUCCUGAGCAUAUCGCUCGAAUAUAUCGCUCGAGUAUAUGUAUAGAGGGCGUUGGUGUUGGGUGUUUGUGGACUCGUACACCCAUUAUGAUUCGAUGUAUGGGGUACUUCUACCUGGCGCACAUUGCAUUUUACGAUUGACUCUACUCAUGACAUCAAUAUUAGAUACCCAUCUCUUCUCUUCACUGAGCUGAAGUUUCCUAGCAAGUGUGCACUUUUCUUUUUCCUUCUGCAACGCGAUUUCCGAUUCGACGUAAGAGGGGAAUUCAGUCCAAGAGACAGCGUCCGAAGUCAUUAUCUUGACUAUGUCAAGAUUUUGAAUAGACAAUACUAUGAUUGUCUGCUAAGUAUCAAUGUGUCAUUCUUGAGAAGCUAUACCACAGUACAGGGCGUAAAGGAAACAAUAUAUUGGCGGCAUAAUGAAGACGUCUAA